AUGACCAUCACUUAUUCCCACUACCUCAACAACCGCCGUCUCACGGAAAGAACCCAAUCUGUUGCUGCCGUGUGCGCUGACAAUCUUAACGGAUGGGGUCCCGCCGUGAAAGAAAUUCAAAGUUGGCCCGAGUACGAGCCUCAGCCAUUGCGAUCGCUGCCUCGAUUGGCCAAGAAAUUAGACAUUGGGAAUAUCUUCGUCAAAGAUGAGAGCAGACGCUUCGGCACCCAUCUCGGCUCGUUCAAGGCCCUCGGCGCUCCUUACGCCGUUUACUGCAUUUUGGCCGACGAGGUCUACCGCAAAAUCGGCGAAAGACCAUCAUCAGCCGACUUGCGCUCGGGGAAAUACAAGGAUCUCACCCAGAACGUUACCGUAUGCGUUGCGACGGACGGCAAUCAGGGCCGUGGGCUCGCCUACGGAGCCAAGGUUUUCGGCUGCCGAUGUGUGGAUUACAUUCACAGUCAUGUCAGUGAAGGUCGCGCUGACAUGAUGAUGCGCCUCGGAGCCGUCGUCAUCCGGGUUGACGGCGAAUAUGAAGCGUCUGUGAGUCGCGCAAAGGAGGACGCUCGAAUGAAUGGCUGGCACUUCGUAAGCAGUACCUCUUGGACCGACUUCGACGACAGCAUUCCUCAGAAUGUCAUGCAAGCCUACAUGGUCGUGGUUGAAGAGGCGCUCGGCAUGGUAUCCACGCUGGAGGACUUGACUCACAUCUUCGUCUGCGGUGGUGUGGGUAGUAUAGCGGCGGCCGUCUUCCUGGGCUUCUUCAAGCGCUUCCAAGAACUUCAACAACCCGAAAAGUCUUCGAAGUUUCCGCGCUGUGUUGUCGUCGAGCCGAAGGAAGCAGACUGCUUGUUCCAGAGCGCCAGAGCAGGGGAGAUGCUCCAAUCCGAAGGAAGCACUCGCACCCUCAUGGCCGGUUUGGCUUGCAGGAGUCCUUCUCCAGCUGCUUGGAAGCUCCUGGAAUGGCUCGCUAGCGACUUCAUCGCUGUGCCUGACUCUGUCGCUGUAGACGGAAUGAAAGCACUGGCCGAAGGAAGCGAAGGGGAUGUUCCUGUGGUUUGUGGGGAAUCAUCAGGUGCUAAUAUGGGGGUGCUCUUGAAGUCCGGGGGCAAUUCGCCCAUGCGCGAAAAGCUUGGUCUGAACGAGCGUAGUCAAUGCCUCCUUUUCAGCCUGGAAGGCGCAACAGAUCCCGAGAUCUAUGAGGAGUUGGUUGGGCGAGCUUCAGAGGCGGCAUUCAAAGCGCAGGAGAAGUUCGGCAACAGCAGCAAUCUACAGGCAUGA